ACGAGAGAGAGAGACUUUCUUCUUUCCCCUCUCUUACUUACGAAGCAACCAACUAACUUAUUAGUGCACCCAUCCAUCCAUCCAAUCCAUCCACAAUGCAGCCAGCAAAGCACAUGCAUUGCAAUCCUCGGUGUAUGUAUACAUGAUGCAUAUACAUACAUCGUACACUACACACGCUGCUUCCAUACCACCACCACACAAGCCCGACCAACCAAGUAACCAACCAGCCAACCACCCUUUCUCUUACCCGCCCGCUUCUCUCUCCUCGUACUAUUCUGCAUAUACAUCACACUCAUCAGACUCAUCAUCAUCAGACGAAUCUCAAGACUCAUCAAGAAAUAUACGAAGCCACGCACGCCACGCCAAGCCAGGAAAGCAAGCUCUUUCUCCCUACUACUACCCGGGCAGAUUUCACUCCACUUCUUCACAGCCUGACUGCUCCUCGGUUGGUCGUCGUCUCAUUAGAAUAAUUCCUCUCUUCGCUGGAGAAGCAACAUUAGUGUGUGAAGAGGCAGGGGCUUGCAGGCAUUAUUUUGUCAGGCGGCAGGAGGAUAGAGAUUGUCGUGACUUGGAAAAUUUCUUGUGGUGGUGUUGCAAAUUACCCCGGGGAAAGUUGGUGAAAGGUGACAUUUUCUGGUCCAUCCGGCGUUUUUCAUUUAUGUAUUGGGAGAAGAACUGGGGUGAAAAAGUGGGCAAAAUAAAACUGGACCGAACAUCUUACUUUCACCCUCAAGAUCAAGUUCACCAUCCAUCCAUUCUUUCUUCCCCGGUGUGUUCCCUCGUCCUAUUCAUUCUUGGAGCGGCUACUGGGGAGAAGAAGAAAGUGAAUAAAAGAAAAUGGAAUGCCAACCUAGGAAGAAAGUGUGUAAAGAAAACGCAUCCUUCAUUCUUUCUCUUCCUGCUGUCAUCAUUUUCAACUUAGCGGAAUAGUAAACGUGGUGAGCCAAGGGGUUUGGAAGAAAGAAAGUGGGAGAAUUUUUGAUUUCCGAGAAACAAGAUGUGAUAUUUUUAUAAGGAAAAGAAAGGGACGACGUAAACAGAACUAAGGAGAUGGAGUGAAUUUUGUAACUUUAAUUUUGAUUAACGAAAGGCUGAAAUGUAUACGAUUUCUUCGAAAAAUAACAAAAUGUAAAGAAAAUAUAUAAAGAAUUAACAAAUUUAUCACGGGUAUUAACAAGAAAUACGGAGAAGAAAUGUAGAUAAAAAUGUAGAUAAAGAAAUUUAACAAUAUUACGACUUCAAUUGAAACGGGUGUAUACGAUUUAAUGCCUCAAAUCAAAUCUCAUGUAAAAAUAUAACUCUACAAAUCAUACCAACACAACGCUACUACCUCAGCAACAGCGUCUACGUAAAUAUUUAACUUGACAGCUUUAACACACGGCUUUAACUAAUUAAAAAAAUAACUAAAUAAAAUAUAUAUAGAUCAUUACUUAAUCUAAAAUUUAAUUAAUCAACCAGAUUUAACAAGUUAGUAAAGUACAGUAAAACAUGUCCAAUACCGUCGCUAAAUAUUCAUCUACCUCAUCUCCGCGUAAAGAAUCUACCUCAUUCUGCCCAACACAGGAGGCAAUGUGAGACUUGUAUUACUCUUCUGCAAUAAAAUUAUCUACCUCAUCUCAUUCGUCGGAAGAAGAAGGAAAUAUUUAUACGGGUAAAAAAUUUCCACGGGUAAAGAAACAAGAAUAAGAAAAAUAAAAUCAAUCUAAAAAAAAAUAAAAAUAAAAUUCAUACAUAAAUAAAAAUUUAAACCUAAUUUCGUCAUAAGUACAUAAAAUUUCGUGUCUCCGAAUCUCUAAAAAAAACCAGAUAAAGAAAACCGAGGGGAGAAAUAACAUUUAUAAAAAACCGGUGUUGAAAUCCGAGACCGAACUGGUGAGAGUGAAAAAAGGAACUGAAUCACUUUUUGGUCGGUGGUCAGUUUUACUACUACGAAGGAAGAAGAGCUCAACUCAACCAACCCACCAACUAGCAAACUUUUACUACGACCCAACUACGCACUUUUCACUACUAGUUCUCCUACUAGGAACCAUACCAUAGCGUUAUUGGAGAGGAGCUAAACUACCAAAAAGCCGGCCCCAUUCAGAAAAGAGAGACAGGAAGCUGGGACUAAACUUAUACUUUCGCUCCUCGUAAAAGUACUUUCUUCUUCUCGUAGUAGACAUACUUUCUCCAUGAUUUUCUUACUGGGUGGACACUUUCCGGGCCUAUCUGCUUCUUCCUCUUCUCCCUGUUAAGAAGGAAGAAAUGAAUGAAUGAAUGAACGAAUUCUUAAACGACUAACUUUCACCCACUAAUUUGAGAGAGGAGAGAAAGCAAAGGGAUCAACAACAUUGCUGCUGUGAGGAGAAAGAGAGGUGAAGUAUACGUACAUACAUUCUGAACUCUAUAAGUGCUAAGAAGGAAGAAGGAGGGCUUGAAUUCGGCAGCAGCGGACUAAUUAAUAAUCAAUAACAUCGUCCUCUCAUCAUCACUGCUGCGACGACUGCCAACUAACUAACUAACAAGCACCACCAAGUAGUAGCAGGAAAGUAGUCUAGUAAUAUGGCAUCUUCUCCAUCAGACGUAGAAAUAGUAGCACCACCACCACCACUCGUAUUACGGGAAGAAGAACCACUACCAUCUUCCCUUGAUAAGCACCACCACAAUUUGAUGAUAAGCCCGGGUCGCGAAGGGUCAAAAAUAGACGAACCCGUCACGACGACAAGUAUGUCGUCAUCCUCGUCAAUGUCGCUAGACGACAACAUGUUACAGGUUACAUCCUUUCCUGGAAGAGAAGGUGGUGAAGAUAAUAUUUCGGUAGAUUUAACCCAGGUGAGAACUCACCCGGGUGACAAUUUAGUAGAUUCGUCCACCCGGAGAAAGCGGAAUUUUCACCGGAGAAAAAGCGACCCCGUUACGUUGAAGAAGAUUCCAAAAAUUGAGCCACAAUCGGAUCCAGAAUCUCGACAUGGGACACAAAUCAGCGAUUUUAACAGUAAUAAAAUUGGUAGGGCGGAUGGUUUCGUGCCAUUUUUGAUGGACGAUGAGGAGGACGAUGAUGACGACGAAAUUGUAAAAGAUGACGAUUUCACGAGGCGACGACGUCUCCUCUCAAUGUCCACGACGACGAGUGGGCGAACUAGGAGUAGAAAGUCGUCGACGUGUCGCCAAAAAUUGCAAAAAAUUUCGCCACCGCCGCCGGUAAAAGAGAGAGAUCCGGAAAUGUAUCAUUUUCACUGGAAGAAUCACCUCCCUCAUAUUUUGUCCUCGUUUGAAUCUCUCCUCGGACAGGAAACCUUCUGCGAUGUGACGCUCAUUUGCGACGAUAAUGAUCACGACGACCUCAUCGUGCCGUUGAAAGCUCAUAGAAUCGUGCUGUCGGCGUGUUCCGAAUAUUUUGGGAGGAUGCUGGCCGAACAUCCGUGCAAACAUCCGGUCAUCGUGUUGAAGGAUUAUGCAGCCUGGGAGGUGAGGGCCCUCUUAGAAUUUAUGUACCGGGGGGAAGUCGUCAUAGGGCUGGACAGGGUGGAUGCGUUGAUGAAGAGUGCGAAAUCGUUGGAGAUUCGAGGAUUAACCGAAGCCCUCCUGGAAAACGCGUUCCGCACCAAUCUUCCCAAACACCCUAACAAACAAGUCAACAGCAAUAAUACUCCUGCAGAACUAAGCAACCACAAACUCCUCCUGGUUCCAGACUCCUUGCCCAGCACCGCGCUAAAUCUGUCCCAUCAUCCACACCACACCCUCUCUCGACGCCACAACCUGCGCCACAACCAUCUCGUCGAGGAGGAGGGCGACCUUUUACGACAUCACAACAACUUCACUUCCGGUCCUGAAUUGGAGUCGUCCUUCGGAGAAAGUUCCCCACCCACGUCGGACGACGCCACUCCACUCUUGGAUUUGAUAGAUCUCAACAACUCAAAAAAUCAGGCCCACUUCCACCACAACAGUCUCAUCAUGCCCCGGAGAAAGCAGGCCCGACCGAGGCGACGAUCGGGCGAUUUUAUAGCACAGGAUUUGAGAAAAGUAGUUCCCAAUGAGGUGGUGGGAGGCAAAUUGAUGAGAAAUGAGAUAAAUAAUGACGAAAAGCUGUAUGACGAGGAGGAAGAUGACGACUCCUUGUGCGGGGGGAGGGGCAGCUUUGAUGAGGACAGUUUCGAAGAAAACUUUAGUUCGGGACGGGGGCAGAAUCGACUUUUAUCCGAAAAGUUUGGGAGCACCGGGGGCGAAAUGAGUUUCUCGGGGGAACGGGAUGUGGAUGACGAGGAAGAGAUGGAAGAACUACUUCCGCCGAGGGGAAAGUCGUCGUCACCGUCACCUCGACACGAUGGGGACGAUGACGAGAAGGAUGAGGAUCGUUUAGAGGAGGAGGACAACAUGGGGGACGAUGACCAAGGGAUUAUUGACUAUACGAUGCCACCCAUUGCAAUUGUGGGUGGAGGAGGAAAUGGAAAUAAGGCGACACGUGGGGGGAUGAAUGAGCAUGUCGAACCGGGUGUAACGUCGGGAUGGAAUGAUUCCUUGCAACAUAGGCAUCUCGCAUUUUUGCGGAAUUAUAAUUUAGCCAUGGCACAAAGUGGAAAGUUGGCCAAAUUAUCCGAACCCGACAUGGACGAGCAACACCACCCUCAUCAUCACCACCACAUUCAUAACCACCCCCACCGACGGGGCUCUUCCUCUUCUCCCUCUCCUACCAAACCACCCCAUCCCUUCCUCCCCCGACCUGACCAACUCCUCUCCUCUUUCCCCUUCCUUCUCCCAGGUCUGCUCCCCCACAACCACCACAACAAUGCCCCCCACCCUCAAACCCGGCAGCUUCCUCUCCCAUUCCUCCUUCAGGAGAUGGUCGAUCCUCAACCGGAAGUAUUAAACACAACAAUCGAACCAACAAUUCGCCAUCCACCCCGCCCACAUCGCUCCCACUUCCUCCUCCUCCCCCAGGAAACAGCUUCCUCUCAUCCACCGGCGCCAUGUCGAUCACACCAUUAAGCGGCGGCGGCAGUGAGGGCCGACGUAGUGGGGACGACAACACACCCACCACAAAUCUCUCCCCAGCGCAGUUUUCACCCUUGGGGCUGACAAACCAUCACCCCCCACAUCCCCAUCCCCACCACCAUUUCGGGAUGGACGAACCUGGUCGUCCUUCUUCCCAAGGGGGGCGAAAUGGGCGGAAAUAUGGGAGUGGAAGUAGUAACAAGGAAGACCGCGGGGGUCAUCACCACCCUCACUGGCCCGGACUUCCGCUCGGACCUCCCCCAAUUUUUGGGAGGCAUCGAGCCCAACACAGCGCCCCGCGGGGAGGACCACCCCGCGCAUGGAGUAACUCCGACUUGACCGAGGCCUUGCAUAACGUGUGGAAUAAAAAGAUGACGACAUCACAGGCCUCCCGCAUAUUCGGCAUCCCGUACAACUCUCUCUUAAUGUAUGUACGUGGCAAGUACGGCAAAUCUCUCAAGCUCGACGUCCUCAAGAAAGGUCUCGACCAAGCCAUGGAAAAUUCCAACAACAUCGCCGCUGCUGCAGCCGCUGCCGCCGCAAAUUUAGGAUUUUCCGGUAACGGCAACCCGACAACAACCACUUCGUCGUCAUCAUCUUCUCACAAAAAUAGUAACAACAACAAUUCAUCGAGGUCAAAAACAUCGCCAUCUCCACAACCUGGGAAUCACAAUCAGCAACAACAACAACCUCUGAUAUCCUCGUCGGUAACGGCCCUUCUGCAAUCUCUGCAUCACAACAAUACCAACAAAUUGGCUGAAGCAAAUAAUAACAAUAAUUCGGAAAAUGCUCAGAAAAUGGGGUCGAAACAUCAUCGAUCCUCGAUCCACAAUCAGAACGGGCAGGCGGAACAACAAGGACACCUUCCGCCACACCCGUCUCCAGAUCAUGGCGUAAUUCCGACGGGAUUUAAUCCCUUUUUUUUCAGGGACUUUGAAUCAAAUCCAUUUUUACAUCACAUUCUACCUCCGCAUGUCCUGGGACACCCGAAUUAAGUAGGCGUGACUGACGAGGAAUUUGUAAUAAUUUAUACACAAAAAAGUAUGUAGGUGAGUGUGAGUGAGUGUUUAUUGGUAAUAUGUAAGUAAGUGGUAGGUAGAUAGGAGUGGAUACUAGCGUUGUUUAUGUAAUUGUACUCAAUACUAACUCUGUGAUGAUAAAUAAAAAUGUUGUUGCGAGUUGUAUUCAAUAAAUUGUGGUAGAACA